UUCAGUAAUAAUAAUAAUAAUAAUAAUAAUAAUAAUAAUAAUAAUAAUAAUAAGGGCGGUGUCGUUAAACAGCUGAAAUGGGGAGCAGCAGCACAACACAAGAAGAUCCCUCACCCAUCUUUAAGAUUUUUUUUCUUUUGUUUUAUCGAUGAACAGCUAAAGUUGAUCACUGUACAUUGUAGAGGAGCAUGACCUCCAAAAUGAGUUCUUCCACCCAGAAGAACAAAUGGAAUGAUGAGGGCAAGAGAUCAGACUCGCCAGAACCUAGUUGUGUGUCCAUGAAGAGUGAUCAGUCAAUGGACAAACUCACACACUUCAGAGAGGGGCAGUGUUCCACUGAGAUCAGAGAGAGAUCGGAGUCACCAAAACCAAGCUGUGUGUCCAUGAAGAGUGAUCAGUCAAUGGACAAACUGACACAUUUCAGAGAGGGACAGAGUUCUACUGAGAUCAGAGAGAGAUCAGACUUGCCAGAACCCAGCUGUGUGUCCAUGAAGAGUGAUCAGUCAAUAGACAAACUGACACAUUUCAGAGAGGACAACUCUUCUACUGAGAUCAGUGCCAAAAAGAAGAAGGCAAAUGCAACAGAGCAAAAUUUGAACUCCCUAUUCAAGGAGCUGGAACAAAGAGUCAUCACUCUGGUGAGGAGUGAGUUGCAAAGUUUUAAGAAGUUACUUAGUUCAGAUUACCCAGAAUGCUCUGACAAUGCGAAGGAUCAGAGUGAUGUGAGAGAGGGGGCACUGAAGAUCACACUGCACAUCCUGAGGAACAUGAAGCAGACCAACCUCGCUAACACGCUACAGAACAAAUUUCUUCCAGAUUGUCAUCAAAAAUUCAAGUCCAAAUUAAAGAAAAAAUUUCAGAAAAUCCAGGAGGGAAUCUCAGAACAUGGAACUGCAACACUUCUGAAUGAGAUCUACACAGAUCUCUACAUUACAGAGGGAGGAAGUGGAGACGUCAAUAAUGAACAUGAAGUGAGACAGAUUGAGACAGCGUUCAGGAGACCAGCAACACAGGAGACACCCAUCAAAUGUAAUGACCUCUUUAAUGAAAAAGACAUCAGAACUGUGCUGACUAAAGGAGUAGCUGGAAUUGGAAAAACAGUCUCUGUGCAGAAGUUUAUUCUGGACUGGGCUGAAGGAAAAGCAAAUCAGGACAUCUUCUUCAUGUUUCCACUUCCCUUUAGAGAGCUGAAUCUGAUGAAGGAGAAAAAGUUCAGUCUGAUGGAAUUUCUUUAUUACAUUUUCCCAGAAACAAAGGAAUUAAAACUGAGACAUUAUAAUCAGUACAGGAUGUUGUUCAUCUUUGAUGGUCUGGAUGAGUGUCGACUUCCUCUAAAUUUCCAGAACAAUGAGAGAUUGUGUGAAGUGACAGAGUCAGCCUCAGUGGAUGUGCUGCUGACAAACCUCAUCAAGGGGAAUCUGCUUCCCUCUGCUCUCCUCUGGAUAACCUCUCGACCAGGAGCAGCCAAUCAGAUCCCUCCUGAGUGUGUAGACCAGGUAACAGAGGUACGAGGCUUCAGUGAUCCUCAGAAAGAGGAGUACUUCAGGAAGAGGAUCAGUGAUCAGAGCCUGGCCAAUAAAAUCACCACACACAUGAAGUCUUCACGAAGCCUCUACAUCAUGUGCCACAUCCCAGUCUUCUGCUGGAUUUCAGCCACGGUUCUAGAGAGAAUGUUGGGUGAAGCAGAGAGUGGAGAGAUCCCCAAGACUCUGACUCAAAUGUUCACACACUUCCUGAUCUUUCAGAUCAAACACAAGGACCAAAAGUACCAUCAGAAAUGUGACCCUGAUCCUCAGCAGACCACAGAGAGUAUCCUGGCACUGGGAAAACUGGCUUUCCAACAGCUGGAGAAAGGAAACCUGAUCUUCUAUGAGGAAGACCUGAGAGAGUGUGGCAUUGAUGUCAGAGAAGUGUCAGUGUAUUCAGGAGUGUGUACCCAAAUCUUUAGAGAGGAGUUUGGGCUUCACCUGGGGAAGGUGUUCAGCUUUGUACAUCUGAGCGUUCAGGAGUUUCUGGCUUCUUUAUAUGCAUUUCUUUCCUUCAUCUUAAAGAACAGAAAUGUGCUUCAGGAGCAAACUACUGGAUAUAUUUCCUUCAGAAAGUCUGAUUUUCUGAAGAGUGCAGUGGACAAGGCCUUACAGAGUGAGAAUGGACAUCUUGAUCUUUUCCUCCGUUUCCUUCUUGGCCUCUCACUGGAGUCCAAUCAGACUCUCUUACGAGGCCUCCUAGAGACUGACAGCAAGAGUUCUCCAUCAGGUGCUGGGGAAACAGUCAAGUUCAUCAAGGAGAAGAUCAGAGAGAACCUCUCUCCAGAGAAAUCCAUCAAUCUGUUCCACUGUCUGAAUGAACUGAAUGAUCAUUCUCUAGUGCAGGAAGUCCAAAUUUACCUCAAUAAAGGAGCAUAUAGUCGUCUCCAUGGUGCCAGACUCUCUCCUUCUCAGUGGUCAGCUCUGGUGUUUGUGUUACUGAACUCAGAAGAGGAGCUGGAUGAGUUCGAUUUGAGUAAAUAUGACAAAUCAGAGGAAUGUCUUCAUAGGCUGCUGCCAGUGGUCAAAGCCUCCAGAAAAGCUGUGCUGCGCGGUUGUAAUCUGACAGAGGAAAGCUGUAGAGCUCUGUCCUCAGUUCUCAGCUCAAACUCCUCCAGGCUGAGAGAACUGGACCUGAGUGACAAUGAACUGCAGGAUUCAGGAGUGAAGCUGCUCUCUGCUGGACUGGAGAAUCCACACUGUACACUGGAGAUACUGAGACUCUGUAAAUGCAGUAUUACAGAUGAAGGUUGUGCUGCUCUGGUUUCAGCUCUGAGGUCAAACCCCUCAUCACACCUGAGAGAACUGAAUCUGAACUACAAUAAACCAGGAGACUCAGUAGUGAAGCUGCUCUCUGAUCUACUGAAGGAUCCACACUGUAAACUGGAGAAACUACGGCUGCGUUGGUGUAAUCUGACAGAGGAAAGCUGUAGAGCUCUGUCCUCAGUUCUCAGCUCAAACUCCUCCAGUCUGAGAGAACUGGACCUGAGUCACAAUAAUCUGCAGGAUUCAGGAGUGAAGCUGCUCUCUGCUGGACUGGAGAAUCCACACUGUACACUGGAGAUACUCAGGCUGUAUUGGUGUAAUCUGACAGAGGAAAGCUGUAGAGCUCUGUCCUCAGUUCUCAGCUCAAACUCCUCCAGUCUGAGAGAACUGGACCUGAGUCACAAUAAACUGCAGGAUUCAGGAGUGAAGCUGCUCUCUGCUGGACUGGAGAAUCCACACUGUACACUGGAGAUACUCAGGCUGGAUUGGUGCAGUAUUACAGAUGAAGGCUGUGCUGCUCUGGUUUCAGCUCUGAGGUCAAACCCCUCAUCACACCUGAGAGAACUGAAUCUGAACAACAAUAAUCCAGGAGACUCAGGAGUGAAGCUGCUCUCUGACCUACUGAAGGAUCCACACUGUAAACUGGAGAAACUACAGCUGUCUAACUGCAGUAUUAAAGGUGAAGGCUGUGCUGCUCUGGUUUCAGCUCUGAGGUCAAACCCCUCAUCACACCUGAGAGAACUGAAUCUGAACUACAAUAAACCAGGAGACUCAGGAGUGAAGCUGCUCUCUGAUCUACUGAAGGAUCCACACUGUAAACUGGAGACACUACAGCUGUGUAGGUGUAAUCUGACAAAGGAAAGCUGUAGAGCUCUGUCCUCAGUUCUCAGCUCAAACUCCUCCAGUCUGAGAGAACUGGACCUGAGUGACAAUAAACUGCAGGAUUCAGGAGUGAAGCUGCUCUCUGCUGGACUGGAGAAUCCACACUGUACACUGGAGAUACUCAGGCUGUCUAACUGCAGUAUUACAGGUGAAGGUUGUGCUGAUCUGGUUUCAGCUCUGAGGUCAAACCCCUCAUCACACCUGAGAGAACUGAAUCUGAACUACAAUAAACCAGGAGACUCAGGAGUGAAGCUGCUCUCUGACCUACUGAAGGAUCCACACUGUAAACUGGAGAAACUAAAGCUGCGUGGUUGUAAUCUGACAAAGGAAAGCUGUAGAGCUCUGUCCUCAGUUCUCAGCUCAAACUCCUCCAGACUGAGAGAACUGGACCUGAGUCACAAUAAUCUGCAGGAUUCAGGAGUGAAGCUGCUCUCUGCUGGACUGGAGAAUCCACACUGUACACUGGAGAUACUGAGGCUGUGUAAAUGCAGUAUUACAGAUGAAGGCUGUGCUGCUCUGGUUUCAGCUCUGUGGUCAAACCCCUCAUCACACCUGAGAGAACUGAAUCUGAACAACAAUAAUCCAGAAGACUCAGGAGUGAAGCUGCUCUCUGAUCUACUGAAGGAUCCACACUGUAAACUGGAGAAACUACAGCUGUGUGAAUGUAAUCUGACAGAGGAAAGCUGUAGAGCUCUGUCCUCAGUUCUCAGCUCAAACUCCUCCAGUCUGAGAGAACUGGACCUGAGUUACAAUAAACUGCAGGAUUCAGGAGUGAAGCUGCUCUCUGCUGGACUGGAGAAUCCACACUGUACACUGGAGAUACUGAGGCUGCGUGAUUGUAAUCUGACAGGGGAAAGCUGUAGAGUUCUGUCCUCAGUUCUCAGCUCAAACUCCUCCAGUCUGAGAGAACUGAACCUGAGUGAGAAUAAACUGCAGGAUUCAGGAGUGAAGCUGCUCUCUGCUGGACUGGAGAAUCCACACUGUACACUGGAGAUACUGAGGCUGUGUAAAUGCAGUAUUACAGAUAAAGGUUGUGCUGCUCUGGUUUCAGCUCUGAGGUCAAACCCCUCAUCACACCUGAGAGAACUGAAUCUGAACAACAAUAAUCCAGGAGAAUUAGGAGUGAAGCUGCUCUCUGAUCUACUGAAGGAUCCACACUGUAAACUGGAGACACUACAGCUGCGUGUGUGUAAUAUGAAAGAGGAAAGCUGUAGAGUUCUGUCCUCAGUUCUCAGCUCAAACUCCUCCAGUCUGAGAGAACUGGACUUGAGUUACAAUGAACUGCAGGAUUCAGGAGUGAAGCUGCUCUCUGCUGGACUGAAGAAUCCACACUGUACAGUGGAGAUACUGUGGCUGUGUUGGUGUAAUCUGAAAGAGGAAAGCUGUAGAGCUCUGUCCUCAGUUCUCAGCUCAAACUCCUCCAGACUGAGAGAACUGGACCUGAGUGAGAAUAAACUGGAGGAUUCAGGAGUGAAGCUGCUCUCUGCUGGACUGGAGAAUCCACACUGUACACUGGAGAUACUGAGGUUGUCUAACUGCAGUAUUACAGAUGAAGGUUGUGCUGCUCUGGUUUCAGCUCUGAGGUCAAACCCCUCAUCACACCUGACAGAACUGAAUCUGAACAACAAUAAACCAGGAGACUCAGGAGUGAAGCUGCUCUCUGAUCUACUGAAGGAUCCACACUGUAAACUGGAGACACUACAGCUACAUGGUUGUAGUCUGAAAGAGAAAAGCUGUAGAGCUCUGUCCUCAGUUCUCAGCUCAAACUCCUCCAGUCUGAGAGAACUGGACCUGAGUGAGAAUAAACUGCAGGAUUCAGGAGUGAAGCUGCUCUCUGCUGGACUGGAGAAUCCACACUGUACACUGGAGAUACUGAGGCUGUCUGACUGCAGUAUUACAGAUGAAGGCUGUGCUGCUCUGGUUUCAGCUCUGAGGUCAAACCCCUCAUCACACCUGAGACAACUGAAUCUGAAAUACAAUAAUCCAGGAAAGACAGGAAUGAAGCUCCUCUCUGACCUGCUGAAGGAUCCACACUGUAAACUGAAGAAACUACAAACAUAAAUCUACAUGGUAAUGGAUGUGUAUUGGUCGAAUCUGAGAUGUCAAGCUAUCAGAUGAUGUGAUCAGCUGCAGUCUCCACUCUACUGAGGAGCUACAUGAAUCCAAACUGAAGAAAGCAGGUGAUGAGGUGACCCCUCUUACCCACGACCCAACCUGCUGGGAAAACCUUUUCUGGAAACUUUAUUCUCUCAGUUAUAAAAGAAUGAUUUCUUUCACAAAAAGGAACUGGACUCUUAUUAUUCUCCUUAAAGGAGACACUAGAACUAAUCUAGCCAGAUACAUAUGAUUUUUUUCUGUAAAAUCAUUCAACGGCACUUUAUUACUCUUCUGAUAUCAUAAACUGGGUUAAAGAUUUUCUGUGUAGUGCGUUUUGAUAAAUUAAGACUAAUUGCAAGCUUGCAUUACAGCAGCUGGUAUGUUGUAGAAGAACACGCUCACAGAGACAGCUACAGCUAAACACACAUACAGUCACACACUUGUGAAUUCCGGGUUAAGUUAAAUGCUGUGAACAGAUAUCUGCUUUUCAACAAAUGUGAAUGGCCAUUUAAUGGUAUUAAGAAAGUUAAUAACGUGACCUUCAUGAAAUACAAUAUGUCUGAUUAUGUGGUGCAAUUUGAUAAGCACCACUGGCUGUGGUUGCGUUCUAACUCAGGAUAGAUAUACUGUAUAAUAAUGUAUAAUAAUAUAUGGUUUUGACAAUCAAUCUUGUUGCAUGUUCAUCAGAUUUUUUCCAUUACAGCAGAGAAGCAACUUUUAUUUACUUUUCAUCAGUCCACUUAAAAUUUGCACAGUUAUUUUGAAGGAUUUUAUAUAGGUAAAAAUGUUUGAAAUGUUUAUUUUAUACGCCACUUAACUAUAGAUCAUGUAUACCAUAUAUAAGAUACAUACUAUUUAUACAAAAUAGUUUGAUUAUUAAUGAUUCAACCAUGGAUAAAAAUCUACAAUAAUCUAAAAUGUGUAUAUAUUUCAGAUCAGUUUAUUUCUGGAUGUUACGUACUUCUCUUAAAUGAAACCUAAUGUAAGUACAGUUCCCAAAAGUUUACAUACAUCUAGACUAAAGGCAUUCAAACUAAAAUUUUAUGUUACCAUACAUUUCCUGUGUUAAGUCAGUUAGGAUAUCUACUUUAUUUUCCAAAAGUUUGGAUUUCAAAACAGUAUGAUUUAUUUCAGCUUUUAUAUAUUAUAUCAUAUUUUAGUGGGUCAAAAGUUUACACACUCUUUAUCAGUAUUUGUUUUCUUUUAAUUGCUUGAACUUGGGGCAGCUUACUGCAAAAUGUUUAAAGAGACAGUCAUAUUGGUGUGUGUAAAAUGUGACUCACUGGAAUUCUGAUAUUAAAUCUGAAUUAAAUCUGUCUCUAAUCAGUUGUUUAAAAUUACCACUGAUGUUAAAAAAAAAAAAUGGAUGCCAUAAUUGACUUGCCAGAAGAAAUGUAUGGUUACAUGAAAAGUGUGGAGUUAUGAAAAUCAGAGACUGAAUAUCUUUAGCCUAGGUGUAUGCAGACUUUUGGGCUGAACUGUAAAUUACAGAUAAUUUAUUACAGGUGUUAUUGAUUUUAUAUUUUCAUAACGCAGUACACACAUGUGACCAGCAGGUGUCACCAGUGUUUUGAAAAUGAAACUGUUCACUUCUCCUUGAAUUCUAAUAAGAAUUUUGAAUUAAUUCACUAUACUGCUUAGGUAGAGAACUGCUGUUAUGAUUGUUUUUAAUGUAAUAUAUUUGUGUGUAAUCAUUCUUACUGUCUGUAAUGUUUCCCAUAAAUAGCAUG